AACAUAUAGCAUAAAUGCACUCCAUACAUUGUAAACAAACGAGCUUGCUCACCAACACACUCUCAUCGUCUUUCGAUGUGUGGUCAAAAAGCUCCGGUGUUGGAUGCGCUUCCGCCAUUUUGUUUUUGUUUCGGCUGGCUGGCGGGCGAUGUUCAUCGCGUAGUUUUUUACCGCGGACGCUCGACUCGGCUAUGUCAUUCUGACAGUUCUCGUUGCAUUGUGUGGAAGGCUUUUUGUUAUUUCUCCGCUCCGCAUAGUUCGUCACAUUUUGACAGCUAGCUGGCUUUUGUAGCUACAGUGUAUCAAAUUUUCAAACUGAAUUAUUGCGGAAUAAAACUGGUGUAAUUUGAGAGGAAUAGAGGUUUCAAGUGAGACAAGUGCAGUUGAAAUAGGUGAAGUGCAGUUUUAGAACCGAUCCCGCCGAAAAUCGGGCAAAUAGUGGUGCUGAAAAUUCCUGUGAAAACUUGGUCUCGGAAGGGGCCUCUUUUGCGUUUGGCAGUGGGGACGAGUUGGUGAGGAAGAAAAACUCAGCAAGCCGAGCACAAAUUAAAGUGUUUGUUGCUUGGCAAACAUCAUUUUCGGUUUUGAUUAGAAACGUUGGUGCGUUCCUCCGGCCGAAUCCGGAAAACAAUUUUCGCUAGCGCGUAGUUCUUGAAAAGCCGUCAAAAUUGAGGAAAUAGAGGAAAUCGUGGAGACCGAGGAGGUCAUCCUCUCUCCCGAUGAAAUGCAUCAUGAAGAAUAUGAAAUAACGUCGGUGCCCAUCGAAGAAACUACAACGGUGCAAAACGUCAAGCGAGCCGAUAUUCGGGACCUGACUCGGGAGGCUCACUAUCAGGCCAAAUUGCUGCAGCAGGAAAAUGAAGCUCAAGAGCUUAACUUCCAGCCGGCGUCCAGUGCCGAGGACACCGAGGGCUCCGACCAAGAGCACACAAUGGGUGAGCACAACUUCAGCACUGAACAUGAAGGAGAUCAUAUGGACAUGGAGGGCAUCAGUCCUAACAAUUCUGCAGCGAUUCGUAAGCGUCGUGGUAAUCUUCCAAAGCAUUCAGUAAAGAUCCUGAAACGGUGGCUCUACGAGCAUAGGUACAAUGCGUAUCCCAGCGAUGCUGAGAAGGUCACUCUUUCACAGGAAGCCAACUUAACGGUUCUACAGGUUUGCAACUGGUUUAUCAAUGCUCGUCGUCGGAUUCUUCCAGAAAUGAUCAGGAGAGAAGGUCACGAUCCAUUGCACUACACAAUUUCACGGCGAGGCAAAAAGUUGAACAGUCAGAUGUCAAACAUGCAAGUUCCGAAUCCAAUCACUAUGAGUCCUGCCUCGGAAGUCAUUGUUGGGGCAACGGAGGAGAUUAUCGAAGAAGAAGAGGUCAUCGAAGAAGGAGUUCCAAAUAUCAUAACUUCCAGCAUUGGCCAACAGUACGUUCAGACACCAUCCGGUUUAGUUAAGGUGGAAGAAGACAUCGACUUCGAGGACCACAUCAUUUACCGCUACUCCUAUAACAUUCAUUCCUACCGUACCCAAAAACCCGUCUUCAAUCAAGUCCUCAAGAAAAGAAAAUACACAAAACGCAUGAAAAUUCAAACUCUUAUCAAACGUCAGAACAAGAUUCGCAGAUCUGACGAGAGCAAUAUCGAAUACGAAUACCCAGAGGAAGAGGAAGAAGAGCUUCCAACCGAGCAAACGGAAUGGGAUGGUAUCAUCCGAUAUGCCAAUGACAAAGACGACGAAAUUCCCGAAGAAAUCACCGAGGAGGAAGUGAUUGCGUCGGACAGUCCUGAGUACUACGCAGCAACGCAAACCAAUGUCACACAUCUGCCACAAUUGCCACAAACGCUGAGCACCGCCAACACAUCCGUGCGGGCAUCCACGACAACGGCAACGCAUAUCGUUACCAAUCCAGUUCCCGUUGGACUAUCCCGGGUACAUGUGGUGUCCUCCUCGCCCGCUACCGCCAACGUGAACAGUCCAAUUGUGGCGUCAGUCAAAUCGGCGGGUGGUGGAACCAUCGUCACGAGUCAGCAAGCGCUGCAAGUCAGUAAAACCACUACGGUAAAGAAGCUUAUCACUACCCCGGUGGUAGAAAUGAACGCAAAAACGAUAACUCCCAUCACGACAAUGACGACAACGACGACGACGGGAAAUGCUGUACUGACGGCGGUGAACUCGAACAUCAACAAUAAUAACAACAACAAUAACAGUAGCAGCAAUAACAACACCACACAAGCCAACUCACAGCACACAACGACGGCGGUCAAAGUCAAAGGUGUCAUUCGCGACGACAAGGAUCAGUUCAAAUGUCUCUACCUUCUAGUGGAAACAGCGGUGGCGGUCCGCCAGCGGGAGAAAGAGCAGGACGAUGUGCACGUUCUCGGCAAUUAAAGGCGACAACUCUAUCAUUUUAUCUCCUUUCCUCUCAUACUUCCAGUUCUCGAUUUCAUCACCCUUUGUCUGUUUCAUAGCUCCAAAGUCGAGAACAUCUGUAUUCAUUAUUAUCCAUUUCCUCCCCCGAAGUCCCUUUUCCCAUUAGUACAUAAUCGUAUAAGCAGAGCAAGAUUUGUUAUUUUUUCUAUAUAAUACAACGUAGAAGCGCGAAAACCCUGAAAAAUGAGAAUUUUACUGUACUUUCGUAAGAACAAAUUGAUGCUAGGUGAUAAUAUGAGGUAAAUCUACGUACGCAAAGGAGAAUGCAAACGAAAACCCACACACAUACACAACUCUACUAGCGAGAAACACACAAACCUGUAUAUAAUUUGACUAUAUACACUUACUUUGAAUAUAGGGCGUACACAGAAUAAUGCAGAAAGGAUUAUUAUUACGGUGGAUCAGAAAAGAAACUACUAUUAAAAGUAAUUAUUACUACUAGUUUGUAAGAGUGAGUAGAGAAAACAGAGAGACCGAACGCGUGAUUUCAUCUGUCCGAGAAAUCGUAAGUUUUACAAAAUGCCAACCACUUUGCAAUUUUACUUCUACAUAGGUAUCGUAUUAUUAUUUUAAUUUGAUCACUUGUACAUUUCCGUCGCGUUUUUUUUCUGUUUUGCUAUCCAUGAUUCAUGAAGCCAAAUUUGAGAAUAAAUUUGUUCGCAAAACACCACUUUUUCUAAUUCACAAAAAAAUUCACACAUCAAUUAUCAAUUAAUCAAAUAAAGCAGUCGAAAAUUAAAGCGUUCCAAUCUCUGUGCUCUUAGGGGCUCAUUUGUUUCGAAAGCUUAUUUCGAAGGAGCAGUCACGUGUGGUGAGAAAGCAGGAAGUUGACUGUCCUGGAUUUCUUCCACCGCUACCUGUGUUAGUGUUUUAUAUAAUUAUGUCGAUAAUUAUAAUUUGUGGACCUGGUAAAUUGUUUCUUUAAUGAUAAUUAAAACCGCGUGUAGUCAUUACGGAAUCGAGAAAUAAGUCGUACGGAAAGCGACAGUAGUCAUACUGUAUCAGGUCUUAUUUGUUUUUAGUUGUUGAAACACUUUGUGAAGGAUAUUGAAUUUAUUUUGUAUCUCUUCUUUCUGCAUUAUUAGCAAGCCAAGCGCGGCCACGGAUCUACGCGAUGGUACUAGAUCCAGUUCAGUCAUGUACAUUGAAAGUAACGACAAAGUGGUCCUCUCACAUUAGCUUUUCCUUGUGCGUUGUUUAUUUUCCUCUCGUUGAAAUGUGCACGAUUGCCCUUUUGUCUGAAUUUUUACUUAUUUAUCAAUUUACGUUCAGCCUUACCUGAAGCAAGAAAAGAAAACAGUGAAUUUUGGUAUCGUUAGUGGAAAAUGAUGAAACUCUCAUAAUUAAGUACAUUUUAUAAAUAAAUGUAAAAAAGCUAUUCUAUAGAAAUAAUCAAAAACUGAAAUAAAACCCCUCACGAAAAAUUUAAA